CUUGUAAGUUGUUGAUCUUAUGAAGAGUACUUCGCCAGUUGCUGCCGACGGAACUGCACGGAAUUUUUUAGAGAAUUUAUGAAUUGCGAAAUGGAUUUGGGAGGAAAAAAUGUGGUUUACUUUGGCGGAUUCGGUGGCAUAGGCAAAAAAUGUGUGCAAGAACUGCUUAAGAAGCAAAUAAAAGGUCUGGCCAUUUUUGACUUGAUUGUGGAUGACGAUCUGUUGGCUGAGUGGAAAAAGCAGAAUCCCGAUACGGAAGUUUUCUACCACAAAGUGGACAUCACUCAGAAAUCGGAUAUAGAUGCUGCCUAUAAGGCGACCGCAGAGAAACUUGGACACUUCGAUGUGGUGGUCAACGGAAGUGGCCUUUUGGAUGAUCGCCUAAUUGAACUGACCAUACAAAUUAAUCUGGUGGGAGUAAUCAAUAGCACUUUGACCGCCUUGGAGUACAUGGACAAGUCAAAAGGUGGUAAAGGUGGACUCAUUGUGAACAUUUCCUCUGUGGCUGGACUGCAGCCCACGCCUUUGAUGGCCAUAUACUCCACUUCCAAAACAGGUGUCACCACAUUUACCAGGGCCAUGGCUAGUCCCAUCCAUUAUGCUCACUCCGGUGUGGGCUUCAUUACCAUCUGUCCAGGCUUUACGAAUACCGGCAUCCUCAAGGAUAUUGAUAAGAAAACCACAUUUCCAUUUUAUGAGACUCGCAUGCGGACCGUCUUCAGCAAGGUGAAAGGUCAGACGGUGGAGGUUUGCGCUCGGAAUAUAGUCCACGCCAUCGAGACGGCCAAGAAUGGAGCAGUUCUUAUGCUGGAACUGGGUGAGAUCCACGAACUGGAUAUACCGAACCUGUGGAAUCCCCAGCUAGAUGAUUGCGUAUUUGUCUGCUUGAGCUGAACGUAUCUAUACUAAUUAAUCCCACAUUAACCGCAAGACGGGAUCAAGUUGGCAGGCAAUCAGAACCAAAUCAAGUCAUAUCAAAUUCUGUUUUAUAAUUCGAAUAAGUUUCUUUUAUUUAAAUUGCAGGCAUACACACACAAAAUUGAGUUUGUUUUUAGUUUGCUUUUGAGUUUUUUGGUUUCUGGGUUUUUCAUAUCUAACAUUUACAAUGAAUUUUGAAGAUAAAUAUACAUAUUCAGCACAUCCAAGAACAUAUAUUUUAUCGAUGAUUAACAUUCCACAAAACUAGAAGAGAUGUCUGAUUUCGGUAGUCCGAAACUCUGGAUACCCUAGAAAAGGAAUCUAAAGUUCAAAAAGAAAAUAAAAUCAUUAUGAUGAUAGCUUUUGCAGAUCAGUUAUCUGUUAGUAGAGUUUCUUAGCCGAAGUUCCCAGUUUUCAAGCUGCCAGCAGCAAUUAAAUGGGAUAGAACAAAAGGUUCUAGAUAAUUUAAAAUACAACGAUUUAAGUUUCAAAAUAUAAUCUGAAAGCUUUUCUUCUUUUCCGGGGUAUCAUGACCAUGGACAGACCCGAAGGUAUUUGGGAGAUCUCUUGAAGUAGAAGCAAGUUCAUCUCGUUGGUGAAGGUUUGUUGUCUUUCCUGUAGAGUAGUGCAUGUAAAAUACAAUCUCUGCUUACAUAGUUCUAUGAUACAAUAUACGCCGCUCAGAUGCAUCCUUUCAAUGGCGUUUAGUGUGUGUAUUUAGAUACAUUAUUAUACUCGUUAUAGUUAGUUUCAAUUAGCAUUUAAUAUAAAGACAUUUGUUUGUUCCCAUUGAACUGGGAUUAGUUUCGCAUGUUAACUGUAAAUUUCACAUCAUCACAAUUCAAGGGUCUUCAACUUAUAAAUUACACCAAAAACAGCAACGGUUCGUUUGCAGAGACGAGGUGACCUUUGACCUUACAGGACGCUUGUGCUCAUCUACUGAGCUUCGACUUUUAAGUAGCGGUGGUCGUUAAAACUGAAAGUAUCCUAUUGUCCUCACCACAACACAUUGGAUGCGCUGAAAGGGAGUCGCCCUGGCUAUCUAUCUACCUAAGAUUACUCGCUUGCAGUGCUGGGUUCUAUCGAGGAUCUGAUCUCAUUGGGUGGUGGGUGGCUCGACAAGCUAUCUCCUGGCAGGUUAUAAUAGACUUAUUGGAUCUGAGCUACUGCAAAGUCGUCGGCAAAGUAUCUAUGCGAGCUUGGUCGAUUGGUUUUGAGUGCCUAACCCUAGGUUGAGGAACAGAAGCGCCUACUAUCGUAUCGUAUUUAACCAUAUUUUACGUUUAUCUUAUUAAGUUAUGCGGAUUGUCUGUAACUAGUUGCGUUAACUAUAGGAUCUCGUAUUGUAUUCCAUUAAAUUUCCUAUCUGGUGGUUGCUGUUGGUGUUCUUAGUUCCUUAUACUCUGCUGGUGGUUAUUUGUUUAAGUUUCUCGUUUGCUUUCUUCGCUCUGAUAUGUUUCGCACAUCAUCUUUCAUCAUUUCAUCUAACUUUCGUCGUGAACUUAAAAUAAUGACAGAGG